UAUCCAGACUCGUUUGACCGUCCGUCGACGGGCCUAUUCUUAGAACAGCCUCCACAAAAAGCAAGUGGCCGGCCAAAGAAUAUGAGGCCUAAGUUGCUCGACCUCUCGAAACAAACACGCACUUAAGCUUCCACAGCCCCCCUGCUUCCGACGAAAAUGCAGCUCAUUCCGUCGAGCCAUCUCCUCUAGCUCGCCUCACCUCUUCUCCCUUGUGCUGCUUGACCCGGCCGGCAUGUCGCGGCUCUCGAUGGCGACGCUGCUCCUGCUCUCCCUUGCGCUGGCGACGGCCCCGCGCCUCGCCGUCGUGGAGGCGGUCGUCGUGGAAGGCCUGAGGGUGGGGUUCUACAACAGGACGUGCCCGGACGCCGAGCAGGUGGUCCGCGACGUGGUGAUGAACGACUACGCCAUGGACCACACCAUCGCCCCGGGCCUCAUCCGCAUCUUCUUCCACGACUGCUUCAUCACGGGGUGCGACGCGUCCAUCCUGCUGGACGAGUCCCCGUCGGGCGACGUCCCGGAGAAGGAGUCGUCGGCGAACGGGUUCACCCUGCACGGCCUGCAGACGAUCGACGUGGCCAAGGCGAGCAUCGAGGCCAUGUGCCCGCGCACGGUGUCGUGCUCCGACAUCCUGUCGUUCGCGGCGCGCGACGCGGCGGUGGCGGCGGGGCUGCCGAGCUACGAGGUGGCCGGCGGGCGGCGCGACGGCACGCACUCCCGGAUGGACGACCUGCCGGGCAACUUCCCGGUGCCGGGGCACACGGUGCCGCGGCUGACGGAGCUGUUCGCGAGCCGGGGCCUGUCGCAGGAGGACCUGGUGACGCUCUCCGGGGCGCACUCCAUCGGGGGCGCGCACUGCUUCAUGUUCUCCAACCGCAUCUACGGCUUCUCCAAGACGGCGGACAUCGACCCGUCGCUGGACCCGGCGUUCGCGCAGCGGCUGCGGAAGAUGUGCCCGCGGCCCAGGCCGGACGACAACCCGCAGCAGGCGCCCAAGGUGAACUUCGACGAGCGCACCGGGGAGAAGCUGGACAACGCCUACUACCAGGAGCUGCUGGCGCGGCGGAGCCUGCUGACCUCGGACAACACGCUGGCGCUGGACCCGCAGACGAGGCCGCUGGUGGAGCAGUACGCCAAGGACGACGCGCUGUUCCAGCAGAGGUUCGGGGAGGCGAUGCAGAAGGUGAGCGCGCUGGACGUGAUCAUCAAGAAGAACAAGGGGCAGAUCAGGCGGGACUGCCGGAUGGUGAACAAGGCCAGGGGGGUACGCUGGAUGCCCAUCCACUUUCUCAAGCCCCCCAAGCACCCCAUGCUCCAGAUGAUCAACUGGUUCAUCCGUGGCUUCCAGCAGAACUAAUUAAGUUGCCUUUGCCAUCCGUCUCCAUCUCCAUCUGCUCUCCUACUCCAUCCGGCGCAGCUGUCAAGUUUAAGUUUCACUGCUGCAUUGGUCGCCAUUUUAUUAUUAUUACUGUCUUCGGUCUAAUGAUGAAUAUGGCUUUAGCCAAUCAUGUACUCAUAUAUGUCAUGCUUGUGCCGUUUGUACGUUUACUUAUCAACUGGGAAUAAUUUGUACGUUCACCGAAACCGAAUAAACCAACCCUUGGUA